AUGAUGGAAUUGCGGCCAUUGAGUUAUGAGGAGAUGUGUCAAAUAGAGCUGCUGCAACUUCCUGGUGCUGCUCAUUCCAAUGCGGCUACGGUAGUUCCCAUCAUGAUGAUACCAACUUCAGUGGUAUCGCCACGUACCGCCAUCUUGACAACUGUGGCUGGGCCUCCACAAAAUAGCGCCAAUGAAGCAUCGGAUAAUGAACACAUUUACCAGUUCCAACCCACGCAUAUAUUUGCCACCACCCCUUCCACUUCAGAUACAGUUGUUCAACCUGAAGAGUACGCUGCUGCUAUCUUAAGUGGAGGCACCAAACUGUUACAGCCACAAACACUUGUACUUCCAAGCAUCGAGCAACAACAACAGCAUAGUUCACACCUGCAACAGCUUCCACAAGCGCAGCAACAGAUUCCACAAACCCAGCUGCAGCAACAACUACCAGCUACACUUAACAUAAUUUACAAGGGUACACUCACCGCCGCAUCCCGCUCACGAGAUACCCUCGAAAAUGCAACACUACCGCGUGAUUUCUCACCAGCCGUCGUUGAUAUCAAUGUAGACACCGGCAACACAGUUGGCGAUGAAAGCGAUUUUGAAGGCAGUGAAUGUGGCGCGAGCGUUUCCGGUGCCACUUGCAUUCCCCACUUUCGUUUCGGUGGCUGUGGUAUGAUGAUGCAGCCUACAGCAAUUGGCAGCAAUACUGAAGUUGGCAGCCAUCAUCAACGUCGACAUCAACAUCAAAAUCGGCAUCAUCCUCAUCCUCAGCAGCAUCGUCAUCGGCAGCAAGAACAAGAUGCUGUCGGUUGCGUCGCAUUUUCGCACAUGAUGGGGACAUUCGCUUCAGCGGCAGGCGGGGCAAUGCACUCAGUACGCUUCGCUGGCCCCCUCGGUUCACUCACCGGGGUGGGUGCCGGACUUUCCAACACAUUGAGUCGUAAUCGACUCGCAUCGAGCUUUCACACUGGGUCCACGCAACAAGCUCCCAAACGUGUCUCAUUUAAGGGAGAUAAUUUGCUCCCGGAGGGAAUGAAAGAAUUACAGGAAAUUCACAGCCACUCCAACAACGGCAGCGUUGGCAGGACAGAUGCACUCAGUAAUUGCUCCUAUAUGCACUUCAAUAACUUCAUGGAUAACCAGUCGACUGGCUUCGGCGGUUUACCUGAUGUCACCGAGCACUCCAAUGCACGCCGCACACUCUCUCGCCAAAACUCAACUUCGAACAGUGAUUCCGGUGGCGAAAUUGCCAGCAUUGAAAAGUCGAAAGUGAACUUUGGCGACGGCAGACCGCUACCAACCGCUCACCCCGCUAACAUCAAGCGUAAAUCGAAGACAGCUCACCAAGCAGCCAGUGACAGCUGUGCCAGAGUACACCGCUUCAAAGCGCGCCGUGGCUCCUGUGCUAUAUUUUUGACUCUCAUCGCUGUACUUUGCCUGAUUACCAUCGUCGCCAUGUUCGCAUACCAACACUUUGUGGCGCCAAGCCGCAAUUCACAUGCCCAGAGACUGAGAAUCGUACAGCGGAUACUGAAAGAGGUUCCACUGGUGGAUGGCCACAACAACUUUGCGUGGAAUGUCCGGAAGUACGCGCACAACAGUCUAGAGUUGGUGCAUAUGAGACGCGAUCCCAGUGCCAAGAUUUUAUGGACGCGGCCUUCGUGGGCACAGACGGAUAUGGAGAUGCUGAAGCAAGGACUAGUUGGUGUGCAAAUGUGGUCAGCGUAUGUGCCUUGCGAGUCAUUAGGCCUGAAUGCGGUCCAAGUGGCGAUAGAACAAAUCGAUAUUAUACGACGCUUGACCGAAAUGUACUCCCUGGAAACGGUAUUGGUAAGCUCCUCGAAGGAUAUUUUAACAGCUCGACAGCAUGGGCAGAUGGCUUCACUAAUCGGUAUAAAAGGCGGGCACGCCAUCGGUUCCUCAUUGGCGGUUUUACGAUCAUUCUAUUCGGUCGGCGCACGAGCGCUCAGCCUUACGCACAAGUGUGAUCUCUCGUGGGCAGGCUCAAGUGCUUCAGAAUCAGAGAGCGGGUUAUCCACUUUUGGCAAAGCGGUUAUCCGUGAAAUGAAUCGUCUCGGAAUGAUGGUUGAUCUGUCCUACAGUUCUGAUGCAACGGCCCGCGAUGUCUUGCAAAUCACCCGCGCUCCCGUUAUCUUCUCUCACUCCGCCGCACGACAACUGUGCAACUCUACACACAAUGUACCCGACGAAAUUCUUCGGUUGGUUGCAGACAAUGGCGGCCUCAUCAUGGUUAGCUUCGACCCUGAAGAUGUUGCAUGUGGUCAGCAGGCAUACCUGAGCGAUGUAGUCGAACACAUCAAACACAUUCGCACAAUAGCUGGCGUACAACAUAUUGGCAUUGGCGCGGGAUAUGACGGCAUCGAAGUGCCGCCUAUCGGACUUGAGGACGCGUCCAAAUAUCCAGAUUUGCUGGCAACACUCCUUCAAGAUCACAACUGGAGUGAGCAAGACAUAGCAAUGCUGGCAGGCAAAAACUUUCUACGCAUCCUGGAGACCGUGGAAAACGUACGCGAUUACUGGAAACGCGCCGACAUUCAGCCCCUAGAACAGACUGAGCCGCAACUGAAGCCACAAUGCACGUACAUGUCAUCGUGACCACUGCCGGAGGCGGUGCCCAGCACUUAUGCUGCCGAGAAACCAAAUCUGAGAUGGUGCAAUCUUAUGCUGCUAGCCUUGAUUAGCUACGGCAAUCUAAAGUACUUACAUAUUUAUCAGGGUGAUCGCACUUUUAGGAUGGAAUAGAGCAAAAUAAUCAAAGUCUGCGCACACUGAUAGACGCCGUGGGCUUAAAUGUAAUAAAAUUAGUGUUUUAGGAAAUUUACAUGCCUACUUAGACUACUUCAUGUCUACGUAAGUAUAUGUAACGAAAUAUCUAGUUAAUCGUAUUUAGGUUAUCCACAUUUGCAUGCAUGUACAGCCGUAGAAUCUUGCACAUUCGAAAUGUUUGAAACAGUACAAGUACAUGCAUUGUAUGAUUUAAGAAAAAUUAGUUGUGAAAAUGAAGUCUGUUAAGGAACUACUCAAUAACUGAAACUUUACUUGUUUAAGUGAAAAAUAGUCAAAUACGUAAGUAUAAAUAUAAGGAUUGAAGAGUGAAAAAUUAGAAGUUGCGCAAGCAAAUUUAUAAGCAUAUCCGUUCAAAUUAUUACUGUCGAAUCUUGUUUAAGUACGUUUAAGAGAAUAUGCGAGAGUGCAAAACACGUGUAGAUGCAUACUAACAUAUAUAUCUUGAUAUGUAUGCUGUAAUGUACCUUUAUUAGGUUACAAGGUCACCCUUAGAUGCGCUACGAUCAUUACGUUUAUAGUCAAAUAUAUUAUUUAAAUUUUCUGUCCAGACAGACGCUAGGUGAAUGUGCCAACAAAUAUAUAUACUCAUAUUAUACUUGUAUACAAACAUUAUAUUAUAUACUAUUGAAUUUGAAAUUCAUGAUUUCAUGUUGAUUUAAUUGUUACCAAGACAAUCUUUACCGCACUUAAACAAAUUAAGGAGUUCAAGUAUUAAAAGACAGAUUUUACAGUAUAUUUUGGGCAUCCUCUUCCAAGUGCCGAUCUGGGAUCCUAAUUUUCUGUUUCCGUCAAUAUAAAUAUUUACACACAUUCAUGGAUGCGGGUGCAUAUACACUUUUUUACACACUUUUUUCUGGUUUUCAAUAAUUUUUUUGACAAUUAACAUUCCGUGUAAAAUAUCUUGAAGCGCCUUUCAACAUUUGAUUCAACUCCAAACUCUUCAUUGAGUUGUACUGACUUCAUCAUCAACUUUAUUUGAUCUGAUUGCUUCAAGAAACCGAGAUAAUUUCGUUUAAUUACUUUUAGCAGCCGCCACAGUUAAUGUGCCUGCGCGCGGUGUCCCACAGGUCUUGAGUCGGGAAUAUACUCUGGAGUAGAAACACUCGACAAGCUACCAACGUUGCAAAUGUACUUUAACCAAAAAAGAGGUUAUAAUUAAAAACCUCCUGCCUUUGCAGAAAGCAAAAUUGUAAUAUUUUCGUUUCUAUGAGACGGAUACUUACUCUGAGAAGAAAUUCAGCAUAAGCCAUUCUGGGGUGAAUGGGCCACGCUAUAUAAUUCUUAAAAUUAUUGAAAUUGGAUAAAAAUGUUUCAAUUCGAAGGAAAGUUUAAAUGAUAUUUGUACAUACAGUUAAUGUUGUAAUCACCAGCCUGGUUUGAAAUUUUUGAUUGAAUAUGAACACAAUCAAGACACUCGUUAAUUACUUCUGUAUACAUACAUACAUACAUUUUUCAAAGUGAGUAAAUGUGCGUCAUUGCCAUGCCCAUAUACUCGUACGCACAACUACAAUCUUGUUUAUGACAAUGUAAUAAUUUAUUUCUUUCAUGCAACUGCAAUAAACACAGAAAGCAAAUAAAUUGCAUUUAGUCAUAAAGAUAAUCCGUCAGCGAAUAUACUACACAUACAUAUGUAUAUGUAGAUAAUAUUGUGUUAAAAUAAAGAGAUUCAUGCAUAUGUGCAUAAUACGAAUAUUUAAUUACACCGGGAAGGUUUAAAUGCACACAAAUGAGUGAAAAUUAAAUGACAGUAUCGGUAGUUAAUCAUAAUUUAAGUGGCGCAAAACCGAUUGCAUACACGCACACCCAACGCUGGUGUAAUUAAAUUGCAGUGAGAAUUAAAAAUUUAAGUUGCGGAAAAUACUUAUUGCUCAUUUAAGUCCACACACACAUAUUUGCAUUGGCAGUCACAUAUAGUUAAGCUCAUACUUUAUUUGCAUGGAAAUCACAUUUAUUCAAAAAGUAUGAUAACUAUAGUAAAAAAGAUUUUAAUUGCAAAAAGCUCCCAAUGCAUCCAUUUGUCAUCUCAUUCUCUCACAGAUACAUAUAUAUAAUAUAAAAUUGAAAUAAAAUGAAAAAAAAAC